AUGGCCACUGAGAAGCAGGUUGAGAUUGGCGCCGAGCGGCAGGAUGAAGAUGGUGAUAUCGUUGUGGACUGGAAUGGGGAAGAAGACGAAAGUAAGCCCCUGAACUGGUCAACUACUCGAAAGUGCAUCAACGUUGGACUUGUCAGCGCCUUGACUUUCAUCGCGUCCAUCGCAUCCGCCAUGUGUGCACCCGGAGUUCCAGACAUGAUGGCGGAGUUCCAUAGCGACAGCAAAGUCCUAUCAUCCUUCAUCGUCUCUAUUUUUGUUCUAGGAUAUGCAAUUGGUCCAAUCUUCUUUGCUCCUUUAUCCGAGCUGUAUGGGAGACUGCCCAUUUACCACAGCUCAAACAUCCUCUUCACUCUGUUUAGCAUUUUAAGCGCUGUAUCACCAAACUUGCCGGCCCUCAUCAUCUUCCGUUUCCUCUCUGGCGCCUCGGGUGCAGCCCCUUUGGCUAUAGGCGGUGGCACCAUAGCUGAUCUCAUCCGACCUGAGCGGCGAGGAUUGGUGGUGAGCGUCUACUUCGUUGGUCCCAUCCUUGGACCAGCACUGGGACCGGUCGCGGCCGGCUAUAUCUCACAAGAUCUAGGCUGGCGAUGGAUCUUUUGGGUCACUGCAAUCCCUUCCGGUGCCUUCACGUUGAUUUGCUUCCUCUGUCUACGGGAGACAUAUCCUCCAAGACUGCUGCACCAGCGUGCAGUGGCUUUAAGGAAAGCUCAUCCCGAAAGCACUUUCGUAGCGCCGGGUGAAAAGUCAGCGUUGAGUCCAGGUACGCUCCUUCUCAAUGCACUGGUUCGGCCUGUCAAGAUGUUUUUCUUGAGCCCAAUCGUGCUUGUUCUCUCAACGAUACUUGCUUUAGCCUACGGGUAUAUGUACAUACUGUUGACGACAUUCACGCCCGUCUUCACUUCGGAGUACGGCUUUUCGUUGGGCACAGUCGGUUUAGUCUACCUUGGCCUAGGCGUAGGUUUCAGCGCGGGAGCAAUUUGCAAUGCCAUCUUCAACGACCGCAUGGCCAAUAGACGAACUGCACGCAACGAUGGACAUCGUGAGCCUGAAUUCCGACUGCCUAUCAUGGCCAGGUCGAUCUUGCUUACACCCUUGGGACUAUUCUUCUACGGCUGGACCGCGCAGUACCACUUGCACUGGAUACUCCCAAUCAUUGGCUCAGCACUUCUCGGAGCCGGAUUAAUCCUGAUUAUGAUGCCGUUGCACACAUACCUCAUCGACGCGUUUACGAAUAUCGACAAUAGCCUUUCACCUUGUCUAAAACUUCUUUUCUUUCUUCUAGGCUCAUCUAUAUGCACCCUUUUCACUCUUCUGGUUCCCUUCUCUCCAUUUUAUGGAACUGAACACGGGAAUCACGGUCACUCUGAUACCAACCUCGGGCUCAUCACCGGCCUGCUCAAGGACAAAUUCCCUUGCGGUAGAGAUGCUCCCACUGCAUUGUCACGUGGGUGCAAGUUUGAGUCAUACACGGCGACAUGGCAACCUCCGCAAUGUUUUGAUUUGGCUCUAGAUGCCGAGUUCCGCCAGACUCGCCCAUGGAAGUUCUUCACGUCUCGGAAUUCAUCCACCGAACUAUCCUGGUCUGACGUGGAGAAGAUCAAACCAGGACAGGCUUGGACGACAUGGGAGUUCCAUCUCUACUCUUGCGCGUUUCUGUGGAAGAAAGAGGUCAAGAUCGCGCACGGUUUGGUCUCUGGUACCAUCGACUACCACCAGUGCCUAGACCAUGCGUUGAUGCAGGACUACGCGAGGCCCAAGGACCAUGUGAGUACUCCUUACUGGCCUCGCUUUACUUCUUGUCGACCGCCUAGCGACAUAUCCGUUCACCAAUUCGAUUUGAAGCCUGGUGUGGAAAAGGGGCUUGGUAGUGAUGGACAGCUGGCUGAAGUGCAUGGGCAUUCUCAUAUUCACGGGGCGAACAAGGAAUUUGAUCACAAGCCAAGGAAAUAG